GAUGAGGCUGGUCGCCAUCUUUACUCCAUCCCAGCACAUCGCUGCCGGUGGGGCGGAACACCACUCAUCGACCCAGUUGAUUUCUAGGAACCGCCGACAGACCUGGCUCAGCACCGUGUUUCACUGAAGAUUUGUCACCUUUACUAGCACGCUACUCUACCUGCACUCGGACACACAAUGGGAGAGCGAGAAGACCUAGUUUAUCAGGCAAAACUUGCCGAGCAGGCAGAGAGAUAUGACGAGAUGGUGGUGUCUAUGAAGAACGUGGCAGGCAUGGACGUGGAGCUCACAGUGGAGGAGAGGAACCUACUAUCAGUGGCCUACAAGAAUGUGAUCGGCGCUCGGAGAGCAUCCUGGAGGAUAAUCAGCAGUAUCGAACAGAGGGAAGAGAACAAGGGCGGAGAAGAGAAGCUGAAGAUGAUCCGGGAAUAUAGGCAAACGGUGGAGAAGGAGCUGAAGCAAAUCUGUGGUGACAUUUUGGAUGCACUGGAAAGGCACUUACUCCCCUCUGCUGUCAUGGGAGAGUCGAAGGUCUUCUACAACAAAAUGAAAGGUGACUACCACAGGUACCUGGCAGAGUUUGCCACCGGCAACAACAGAAAGGAGGCAGCAGAGAACAGCCUGGUGGCCUACAAAACUGCCACCGACCUCGCCAUGUUGGAGCUGCCACCAACACAUCCCAUCCGCCUCGGCCUUGCCCUCAACUUCUCCGUCUUCUACUAUGAGAUCCUAAACUCUCCUGAUCGCGCCUGCAGGUUGGCAAAGGCUGCAUUUGAUGACGCCAUCACAGAACUGGACACACUGAAUGAAGACAGCUACAAGGACUCCACACUUAUCAUGCAGUUGUUACGUGACAACCUGACACUAUGGACUUCAGAUAUGCAGGGAGAGGGUGAAGAACAAAAAGAGCAGCAACUGCAAGACGUGGAUGAUGAGGCCCAGUGAGACUAUGCCACCAACAGCCAACAACUUGAGACCCUCCCCUCACCUCCUCACACUCCUCCUCCCUCCACCUGCGGCCUCCUCCCUCCCCUCCCCCACCCUCCAACUCUUCGCCCCGCUCUGCGAGUUCCCCUCCUCUUCCUCCUCUCCCCUCCGUUUCCUUUCUUCCACCUCUGCAGCUCCGUGAUCCAGCAGGGCCAAGGAGUUAACAAGUUUAUUUUUCUCUUCUUUUUUUAUUUUUAUAUUAGUCCUUACAUCAUUCAAGUAAAUAGCACUUAAUUGAGACAGGAAAUACAAUGUUAGAAAGACAAAGAUAAAGAGCGUACCUGGGUUGUUUCUGUUUCUGUCGUCCUGGUACAAGCAGUUCUGAAACAUUAUCUUUGGUUUCAUUAUUGUAUUUUUGUUUGGUUUUUUGCUUUUUUUUUCCUCAAUAUUUUUAUCAGUUGCUGGAUGUAUUGAGAAUUUUUUUUCUUAAUGUAAUUACAGAAAUUAACUUUUAUUACUGAAAAUGUUGACUAUUAGUUAUGGGAGCUAUUUUAUCUCUGUUUUUAGUGAAAUGUCAUGCGAAUCAUUUUAUCUGGGCAAAAAAACUACAAGUGCCCUUUUUGUUAACUUAGGUUUUCAGAGGAAGUUGGCAAAAUUCGCGAUAUCCACGUGGGGCAAAGACGUGCUUAACUUUUACACCAUAGUGAUUCUGUUAUCAUGUUUUUGUAGUUGUCCUUGGACUGUACUUUGUGCUGAAAUACUGUAUCUGUGCACACAUGCUGAAGGUUGACUUAUCGCUCGCCAGUGGUUUUGGGAGAUGUCACACUUGUGUAAAAGACGAUUCGGCCCCGCUCCUCGACACAGAGCCCUAAAAUGAAGAUAGUCAGUGCUUGCAUGAGUUAACACUUUGUUUUCUGCUGCUUCUCCCCUACGUUUCACUAAAGCUCCUCUGGGUUUAGAGGUUUUCUUUCGUCGCUGUCUCCUUCGUUUCUCCUCUCGUUUUGCUUCAUUAUGUGUAACUCGGAGCUGAUUUGUACUACUGGAUAUCUGACUGGAGCCACAGACAGGGAAUCUGUAUUGUUCUUACUGAAACACAGCAUGGAAUUAACAUUAAACAAUCUAAAUUAAACCUUAAACAAA